AUGCAACAAAAGUUUGGAAUCAAACACUUUGACUUCUUUCCGCAGACUUUUUGCAUACCAACUGAGAUUGAUAAACUAAAGGAAGCCUGGGACAGUGAGCCUUCGCCACAUCAGUGGAUUCUGAAGCCUCCAGCGUCCGCGAGGGGAAUCGGCAUUCGGCUCCUCAGCAAAUGGUCCUAUGUGCCAAAGAAACGUCCCUACAUUGUACAGAAGUACCUGCAUAACCCCUUCCUCAUAAACAACAGCAAAUUUGACCUGCGCAUCUAUGUGUUUGUCUACUCCUUGAAGCCCCUCUGCGUGUUUGUUCAUGAGGACGGUCUUGCAAGGUUUGCCUCUCAGAAAUAUUCCAAUUCACCGCGCCUGGUGGGAAAUCGGUUCAUCCACUUGACAAAUUAUUCUGUUAAUCGUCUAAAUGUUGAGUACAUUGCGAACACUAGUGAAGAGAGCUGCAAGGGUCACAAGUGGAGUCUGAAAGCGCUCUGGUCCUACAUGCGCAGCCAAGGCAUAAACACAGACAAGGUUUGGGCUGAUAUUAAGGACGUCGUUGUGAAAACAUGUCUCGCCACGGAGUCACUUCUAAAGGCCGCCGUGGAUACCUACUGCGUAUCGAGAUUCUCAGUACAAGAAUUAUUUGGAUUCGACAUUUUUCUGGACGAAAAUUUGAAGCCCUGGCUGCUGGAGGUGAACGUCUCCCCGAGGUAA